AAUUAAUCGUUUAAUUACAUAUUACGCCAUCUUUGAUAAGAAUCCGACAUAAAAUACAUCAGUGAACUUUAAUUCACUUCAUUUUGAAGCAAAACAAAAUGUCCGAACGUAAAUAUUUCCUAAGACAAAGCACUGCAGCAUUCGCUUGUUUUCUCGAAAGUAUUGGUUGUGGUGUUGUAAUGUCAUUCACCGGAACACUUUUUCCGCAAUUAGAAGCCGACCGCCAUUUUGUAAUCGACAAAACCGACGAAACAUGGAUCGCUUCCAGCGCCAUAUUAUCAAUGGCUUUCGGUUGUAUCAUCGGUGGAGUGUCAAUGCCGCACCUCACACGUAAAAUCAUCAUAACCUCAACAAAUCUACUGAUGAUAAUCGGUUUCCUAACAUUGUAUUACUCACAAACCGUUACACAUCUCCUCAUUGGUCGAAUACUAUGUGGAAGCGCAAUGGGGACGUCACGGCCUGCACUUGUCACGAUCGUAGCCGAAGUUGCACGACCGAAUCUACGCACCAUGUUUACCAACCUUAUAAUGCUGGGACAUGUAGUCGGUGCGUUGUUAAGCGAUGUGAAUGCAACCUUCCUUACAUGGCGCACAAAUGCAUUGAUAACCUGUGCGUAUCCAUGUUUAGCUGUUAUAAUUUUCACUCUUCUACCGGAAACUUAUGGCAGCCAUGUUGAAAAACAGAAUUUAGAACGCGCAACACAAAGUUUUCAUUGGUAUAGAGGUUAUGAUAACCUCUCACGUCAAGAAUUAACAAAAAUCAUCAAUCAACCUCUGAAUAACCUUGACAUUCUAACCUUGUUUGAUAAAAAGUUUUUCAAAGCUUUUAUUAUCUGCACGACGUUUUUCGCCGCUGGACAACUAAAUGGCGUCAAUGUUUUAUCACUAUAUUCAGUGGAGAUGUUUAAAAAUAUGUUUAAAACAUUAACGCUAAUUAUAUCACUAUAGGUUAUGAUGCUGUCAAAAUUACAGCGAGUCUAACCUCAAUCUACGCGAUAAAACGGUUUAAACUGCGUACUUUGACGUUUAUAAGCGCUGUGGGUGUGAUUUUAAGCUUAAUAGCUUUAUCUUUGUUAUAUUAC